GGUUCCGGUAAGGGGACUUCCGUGCAGCCGAUCCGAUCGUCAUAACAGAUCAUGGGGGAGAAGGGAGCUGAAGGACCCGCGGAGCGAGCGGCGGUCGAGCAGCAGCAGCAGCAGCAGCAGCAGCAGCUCCUCCGCCGCCGACAGGAGCUCGACUACCACUGGAAGAAGAACGCGCCGCGCCUGCGCAGGCGGAACCUGCUGACCGGCCUGGCCAUUGGAGCGUUUGUGGUCGGAAUGUUUAGCUACACCAUCGUGUCCGUCAAACAGGAGAGGAUUGUGGAGGAGCUGGACGACGAAGCCAGGAUCCACAUCAGCAGAGGGCCGCGGACCAGUGCCAACUCCUGACCAGCUGUCUUUUAAUGUGACAUCAGACUUCACACUGUGAAACGUGAUGUCAGCUGAGCUUAAGACACCUGAGAGAAUGCUACUAACUUAAUAAGGACUGUGUCUUUGAUUGUUUCUUUUGUGUUUUGAAAUACAUAAAAUUAUUUGUUGAAACUGA